CUUCUUCAUUAGCCACCUAAUUAAAGAAAAUAAUUAUUCUUUUCUCUUUUACGUGAUCAAAAUGCUCGGUUCCAAUCUUGAAAAUACUUUUCUAAUCACUAUCCUCAUUGUCUUGUCUCUUUUAUCUCCAAGAUUUGAACCUUGCCAUGCAAGACUACAGGGGAAGUAUUGGAGACCAGGCAAAGUUGUCCCAACAACUUCUGUGGUUUUGCAGAAGGAAAAAGGUUUUGGUGGUUUUAGCCACGGCCAUGGCAGGAGCUUGUUAAGCUCUGCCACCUUCAAUGUAUUUGACUAUGGUGCUAAAGGUGAUGGUCAUAGUGACGACACAAAGGCAUUUGAGGCAGCAUGGGCAGCUGCUUGCAAAGUAGAGGCGUCAACGAUAAUAGUUCCUUCUGGGUCUAUUUUCCUUGUACACCCAAUUUCUUUCUCAGGUCCUAAUUGUGCAGAAAAAAUUGUAUUUCAGUUGGACGGCAAGAUCAUAGCUCCUACUAGUGCUGGAGCAUGGGGAUCAGGGCUUCUACAAUGGAUCGAGUUCACAAAACUAAAAGGGAUUACAAUCAAAGGUAAAGGCAUCAUUGAUGGACAAGGUUCGGUCUGGUGGAAUGACCUACCAGAUGAUAGUCUAGACUCAGAGGUAACCAGUGAGCACAGUGCAAAAAUGCCUGGCACCAAGCCAACAGUACUAAGAUUCUAUGGAAGUACUGGAGUAACUGUCACAGGCAUAACAAUUCAAAACAGCCCUCAAACUCACCUGAAAUUUGACGAUUGCACAACUGUUCAGGUUUCUGAUUUUACCACUGCAUCUCCUGAGGACAGCCCAAACACCGAUGGAAUUCACCUUCAGAACUCCCGAGAUGUGCUCAUUUACAGCAGCCAUCUUGCCUGUGGGGAUGACUGUGUGUCUAUUCAAACUGGAUGCUCAAAUGUGUACAUACACAAUAUAAACUGUGGACCGGGACAUGGAAUUAGCAUUGGAGGGUUGGGCAAAGCCAACACUAAAGCGUGUGUUUCAAACGUCACUGUUCGUGAUGUUUCGAUACAGAACACAUUAACUGGUGUCAGGAUCAAGACAUGGCAGGGAGGAUCAGGUUCAGUACAAGGAGUCACAUUCUCAAACAUUCAAGUUUCCGGAGUGCAAAUUCCGAUAAUGAUCGACCAAUUUUACUGUGAUGGCAGCAAAUGCCGAAAUGAAUCUUCUGCUGUGGCUGUGUCAAGCAUAAACUAUGUGAACAUAAAAGGCACAUAUACAAGAAAUCCUGUACACUUUGCAUGCAGUGACAACUUGCCAUGCACUGGUGUAUCAUUAGAUACCAUAGAGCUUAAAUCGGUUGGAGAAGACAGCCAACCUUUCUGUUGGAACACAUAUGGAGAACUGGAAAGUGAAAUUGUCCCUCCAAUUAACUGCUUGCAGACAGGCAAAUCAAAGAAGCAAAUAGUUAGCUGCUAAGCCUAGCCUAGGGAACUAUAUAGCUAGGUAUGAUAUUAUUUGUACACCUAUACAGAUGUUUGUUCAGGGCAAUAGCAAAAACUUGUAGUCCUAGGAAUCUUUGUCCUAGGCAUGCAUCAAUUUCUCAAUUACUUUCCAAAAGAAUAUAAUACAUAAUAUUGUUAUUC